AUGUUCUCAAGCUUACUUCUCGCUGCCCUAUCAGGAGCGGUAGCUGCAACCUCCUUUGCCAACCCGGGAAACCUCACUCUCGAGUACUUGGAAUCCCUGCCAACCUUGAGUUCUGGGACGGAAUGUGCCUGCAACCAGCUGUUCAAGAGAUUUGGAAAUGCCCUCCUGAGCAUGAACUCAACUGACUAUAUGACUCAAGCCCAAGACUUUUACGACAUCCGGGCAGUCCUUGAACCAAGAUGCAUUUUCAUGCCGACGGAUGCGCUACAGGUAGCCUCAGGCAUGUCGAUCCUCGCAUCCUGUGGUGCGCAGUUCGCCAUUCGUGGGGGAGGUCACAUGAAUUUUCCGGGAUCCAAUGACAUAGACAACGGCGUCUUACUUGCUCUCAACCUCCUGAACGACAUUGAGAUAAGCCCCGACAACUCGACUGUCAGUGUCGGACCCGGCAACAGAUGGGUAGAUGUCUACGAAGCCCUUGCACCGUAUGAUCUCUACUGCAUCGGAGGUCGUAUGAAGACAAUCGGGGUCUCUGGACUUUCGCUGAUUGGAGGCUUCCACUACUUGACGAAUAAAUAUGGGUUUGCAAUGGACAACGUCGUUAGCUACGACGUUGUACUCGGCAACGGAACUCAGGUGGUCGCGAGUACAACCUCCAACGUUGACUUGUUCUGGGCAUUGAAGGGUGGCGCGAACAACUUUGGAGCUGUGACAAAGUUUGUCAUCAAGACUUUGCCUAUCCCAAAGAUUAGCACCACUCUGCAGGUCUUUGACGAGUCUGUGGUGCGAGAGUUCAUCGACGCUACGGUUGAUUUGGCGAAAAACCAAAACCCCGAGGUCGGCGCCGGUUCCAUCAUCACCAUCACAUACAACACCACCACCAAAGGCAUUUCUGCCGUAGUUCGAGGUGUGCAAGAAGGCAUUGAGUCACCACCCUCGAGCUUUCAUAAGUUUUCAGACCUUCCGUCUGUCUUGACUGAGAAUGUGGUCCAACGCCCCCUUGAUUGGCAUGCGCAGUUGGAUAGCCCGUUCCAAAUGUUCAGAAUUCAAUUCGGUCACAAAACGAUGAAAGCAGAUGCAGAUCAACUCUACCGUAUUUAUGAGGCCUGGAAAGCUGCCGUUGAGGACAUCAGUGACGUGGAAGGUCUGAUCGCGACUCUUGUUCUGAAUACAAUGGCGGCGAGCGCAAUGAAAGUAGCCAAAAACAAUGGGAUUGGCAACACCUGGGGCCUGGACGAUACCGAGCCAUUGAUCAUUUGGCAAACAUCUACCGCAUGGGACAGUGAGGAGAGCGACUUGCGUGUGACGAACUUUGCUCGCGGGGUUCUUGACGAUAUGCAUGCUGAAAAUCAGGCGAAGGGUCUUGCCUCAGAGUUCAUCUACAUGGGUGACGCAGCCGAGUUCCAGAAUCCGUUUCUUGGGUUUCCUGCCGAGAACCUCGUGAGAAUGAGAGACGUAAGGGCGGCUUAUGACCCAUUGGAGGUUUUCACGCGACAGAAUUGGGGAGGAUUCAAGCUUCCCAGGACUUGA